CAGUUCUGUGAUUGGAGUUUCAUCAUUGGCCUUAGGCUUUUGAUCAAGAUAUCGGACUUCGCAAACUACAUUAUUUGCUCCAUUCAGCUAAUCAAAGUUGUAACUUUCGCCUUGCUAAUUUAUUCAGGGGAUUAUCUUACAAAGGCAGCAUCUAAUCCUGGAGCUGGUGACAUUCUCAUGGGAUUUUUGGGAUCAGUUAUCAUCUCCUUUGCCUUCUCAAUGUUCAAGCAGAGAAAGCUUGUUAAACGGCAUGCUGCUGAGAUUUUCAGCUCUGUCAUUAUAGCAACGCUAUUUUCGCUAUAUUCUACCGCUUUCAUUGGACGGCUGGUUGGGUUGGAGCCAAAUUUAACUGUAUCAAUCCUACCACGAUGCAUAACUGUCGCAUUAGCUCUCAGCAUUGUUUCUUUCUUUGAAGGUGUGAAUACAUCUCUCACAGCAGCUGUUGUUGUACUAACUGGUUUGGUGGGAGCAAAUUUUGUUCAGGCAGUGCUGGAUAAACUUGGCUUCAAUGAUCCGAUUGCUCGAGGAAUUGCAACUGCGUCAAGUGCUCAUGGGCUUGGAACAGCAGCUUUGUCAGCAAAGGAACCUGAAGCGCUUCCAUUCUGUGCUAUUGCAUAUGCCCUCACUGGUAUAUUUGGUUCCCUUGUGUGCUCCGUUCCAGCAGUAAGACAGAGCCUACUGGCAAUCGUCGGCUGAGCUGGCAGUCCUCACAUCCAUCUUUCUUCAUACCAAUUCGAUCAUUCUGUUGGAAGGUGCCAGCAAAAUCACCCGAGUUGAUGUUCAGAAGGCAAUCAAUGACGUGCUGUUUCUUGACAGGGAAGAUGCAUGAUGGUGUUUAUAAAGUUUAAGUUUUCAUUGUUUCUGGAUCAACUCAAUGAUUGGGAACUCUCCUGUCUAUCUAGUUUUGGGUUUACUUAGGAUCUGUAUAGAGGUAAAUAUCCAUCCCACCUUUGUAUUUUUUCGUUGUAUGGGUUUCUCUGGUAAAUGGACAUGAAUUGCUGCUUCUAUCAUGAAAGUAAGCACAUCUGAAACUCAUAUGUAUUUGUGAUAUUACGCUUCGUAAUUGUAUUCUGGAAUGAAGUGGGAUUGUUGUAAAUUUCACGGGA